GGCUGAAUCUCUCAGAUUGAAUCUGAAGGCCAAGCCCCCAUGUUGCUUGGCAAUGCAUUGUGCUUGUAACCAGCUGGGUAGCUGGGUCCAGGACAAGCCAUCAUUGCGAAGCCGGGCAGAAGAAGUACGCCGAGGAUGUCUCGAUGGGGCACAACAGAUCGCAGUUGCCGUGGGCAAACAAUUAGCUUUCCAUGAUCACUGCUUACAUCAAAUACGAAGGGCGUCCCCACCUGUCCUGAAACAUUGCUACUUUUGUGACCUAGUGCGCAGUGAAUAUUGAUCUGGCGGUGGUGAUCUCAGUUCCAGAGCUACGUAUGCACGCCCUCUUCAAAGAUCAUGGCAGAUUGCUGAGUCUGAGAGGCUCUGAGGAGAAUACUUGAAACUUGCUGCACAAUGGAUCAAAGAUUCGUGGUGACAUACACAAGACACAAGACGAAGAAAAGCAAGACAUAUCAGGAUGGGGAACUCAAACUUGUACGUCAAGGUCUUGCCUGGAAGGCCAUCCUCUUUGACGAUGGCGGAACCAUGUUGCAGGAGAUGUCAGUCAAAGAUGUUGGUUCAAUUUCUGAAGACAAUGACAUAGAGUUCCCAGGCUUCCUUGUGAGGGUAGAUAGUGAGGUACAAUGUGCCAUUAACAACUGCAGUACAGGAAGACCUUCUGCCUGCGAGUCCUCAAUUCCAAGUCAAACAAGAAAAAAUUUCGCAAAAAGGCCUGCUUUCACCAAUCCGAGAAGGAAGGACGUAAACUUAGAGAUCCAGAUAUCCAGCCAACCUCACAUGGCAAAGCCUCCAGAAUGUAGAAGGGCUUCAGAUAUUCUGUCCCUGCUUCGAGGACCCAGGACAAUUAAUAGAGGGGACGACAAGGUUUCAAGCCCCCUCAACAGAAAUGAAGCAGAUUCCGCUCAAACCCCCGUGGUUCACAGGGCCACGUCUGAGAUGCGUUUAGGCAGUGCUCAGUAUGCAGCCGGUCCGCUAAAGUCCACAUGGGUGCCAUUACACCAUAGUGUUCACUUAGUCAAGAGCUCAGCAAACAAGCAGCAGGGGUCAAAGAUAGUUCAGUCGCGGAAAUUUGUAACCCCCCGACCCUUAACAAAAGGAGUGGAAACAACGGCUGGUCUCGGCAAGCGGUCUAUUCCUGGAGGGACAGCGCAAGACCGAACCAUUCCGGGUAGAAGCAAUCCUGGGCUGUUCGUUUUCGUGGGAGACAGCAACCCGCCUCAGAGUCGCCAGAAGGCGAUUGCAGAUUCAUACCUUCAGUUCCUCGACUACAAAUGCGCUUUGAUGGAAGCUCUGAUCGAAGAGAUCAACCUUCAGAUCGGGCAGUUAGCCCGGAGCUUCUUUGACGGGCGCAAAGAAGCCCUCCUCGUUGUUGAUACGAGGACCCCGUGUUGCAAGCAUGGUCCUGCACAACUACGCUUUGUUGGCAAGGAAGGGCCGAACAAGGGCCGUCCAUUCUACUCUUGUCCGGACAAGAAUCAGGACAAGUGUCUCUUCCAGUGGGCGGAUCAGAAAUCACAGCAAUCGAGAAAUGAGAACGUCAUCGACGAAGGCACCCCAGACCUUGACCCCGCUGUCCUGGCAAGUGCUCUGCGGUCUCGAGGCGUCUUCUUCCAUCAGGACGUGCAGCUGUCUCAAAAGCCCUGCUCGUUUUCAAACAAGAGGAAGGCCUACGACGAGGUCGAGCCGUCCAAGCCCGCCGUUUUCCAGCUGCAGAUCGACAAGGUGGCUAAGGCCGGCAAGAUGAAGGAAGAAUUCUCCAUAGACGAUAUCUGGGUCGUGAGCUCCAACCCUCGCUUUACUUGUCAUGAGCGGAUGGACUUCGUCGCGGUUGCAACAAGCACAUUCCAUGGCCCGUCGAGUACAGGGCAUGUAGAGGUGAAAUUCCACGGACAGAAGCCUCCCGCCGACAUGGAUCAACCGGUGUUUGCGCUGCAUGGAGCUUCCAUACAAACAGAGCUGGCCAUGCUAGAGACCGUCAAAUCUCUGCAGCCUAGUAGCUUUCCUCUACUUCCGCUAAUGUGGAAAGCUCCCGCGGGUCCUGAUACCUCAGGGGACGCUCCGUCCAAGGGAGGAGAGGCGGCAAUGCUUGCGUUGCGGACCGUCGAAAGGUUUCGACUGAACGAAGAUCAGGCGGCGGUGCUUCGAAGAUGUGCUUCCUGGUACGACAGGGAUCAGUUGACAGGGGAUUCACGGAAGGCGUUCAAUCCGGCUCUCUGCUUGGUGCACGGGACAUUCGGGUCAGGAAAGAGUACUCUCCUCGUGGCUCUGAUCUUCUUUCUGGUAGAGCUCUUCGAGAUGACGAACGACACAACGAGCCGGAUACUGGUUUCUGCUGCCACCAACGUUGCAGUGGACAGGAUACUGCUUGGACUCCUGAAGCAUGGUUUCAAUCGCUUUGUCCGUGUUGGUUCGAGGAACUUUGCACCGGCCCUGAAAGAGUACACUCUGCACAAUGACACGGAGGAGGAAAAGGAGAUCAUGGACGAAAGGAAGAGCCUUCGAAAGGAGGAAGGAGUCGCUUUGGGUGGAAGGAGGGUGCGCGAAGAGAUCAAGGAGCUUGACGCCAAGCUUCGAGUAGCUCGCCGGAAGAGACUAGAGGACGCAUUGGUUGUUGGGGUGACAUGCUUCUCAAGCUCUCACGAUGUGUUGAAAGGGAUGACUUACAAGGUCUGCCUCCUCGACGAGUGCUCCCAGAUGCCGGAGCCGCUCAGCCUGAUGCCGCUUGCCAUCCUAGGAUGCGAAAAACUCGUGGCCGUUGGGGAUCCGGCCCAGCUGCCCCCGCAGCUCACUGGCAGCAGUUCUGCUAGCAAGGAAGAUGACAUAGAGGCUGGAUUGCAGAAGAGCGGCAGCGGGCAUGGCUUGGAAAGGGCAAUGUUUGUGCGCCUGGCUGAGAUUGGACACACCCCCAUCAUGCUACGCACUCAGUAUCGGUGCCACCCCUUGGUCAGCGCCCUCCCCAACAAGCUGUUCUACGCCGGACGACUGCUGGACGGAUGCAGUGCUGCCGACAGGGCCGCACUCGUGGCCGGUCUGCCUGCUCUGCUCUUCCUGGAUACUCGCCAGGAAGCACAGGAAGCGCGGGAUGCAUCCUCGAGCUACUACAACGACUACGAGGCCAACCUCGCGGCCAGGAUGGUCAACAAGCUCAUUGACAAGGGCUGUAGACCUGGCCAGAUAGGGGUCAUCGUCCCCUACAGGGCACAGGCUUCCAAGCUGAACUCGUUGCUGUCGGAGCUUCAGAGCGGCACUCAGCCCAAGAAGCGCCGUCGUAAGGCUGCUCUCGAGGACGAGGAUCAGCUGAGCGACUUCGUCCAGGUCUCGACAGUCGACGCAUUUCAGGGGAUGGAGAAGGACAUCAUCAUCCUGUCGUGCUGCCGCACUAACGGCAUCGGCUUCCUGGCUUCCCCUCACCGGCUGAACGUGGCCAUGAGCCGGGCCCGGAACCAUCUGCUCAUCAUCGGCUGCGCUCCCAACCUGCAAACGUGCCCCAUGUGGAAGGAGCUGCUGACCUGCAUACGAAGGACACCACUGGCCUAUCGUCCGGCUUCAGCACCACUGCCCGGCCUGGAAGUUCCCCCCGUCCUGCCGCAGCCCCAACUCCUUCCCCCGCCCUCCGAGCCCAAGCCGUCCGCCUCUCCAGAGCCCGUGCUAGCCAGUCCAACCGGUCGCCCUUCCCCACAAGACGGCCCUUUCCUUGGUCCCCUGGAGAAAAGACACGGAGUCGAGGCCGCCACCCAGCAGCUGAUGAGCUUACCGGCCAGUAGAGCCUCAGAAACGCCAGCGGGCAGUUGUGAGGCAGCCUCGUCCACCAUCUUUGACUUUCUCGGUCCCAGGGGGCAAGGCUCGUUGGCUGAGGCGCUGGCUGAGGAGGCGGCCGUACAUGAAGCAGCGGUUCGUACCGGUCAGGGCGAGGGUACCGGGGCAAGGCGGCAGCCGGAAAAGUGCAGCAGGCCUGAGGAGUCCAGUUCAGCGUCUCUCGAUGAUAGCGACAUCGAGAGUCCAUCAGGUCGAGAGACAGAAGUGGAUGGUGACCGACCGUCCCUGGACUUGUGCUCGCGCGCUAUGGAAGACGCGCUGGACGCCGCCAACUUCGGGCUCCAGGACUACUGGAUUGGGUACUCCCGGUACAGGCUGUCUACGUUUGACUCGACCGCAGCCCACAGACAGGCGUUCCUUGACUCAAAGAUGUGUCGAGUCCUGGGUUCGGCAUUCGGCGUCGCGACCGACCGCUGGCGGCCCAAUCUGGGCAAGCUGGUCAGGGAAGCGCGCAUCAUGAUGGAGGACUACCUUGAGAGCAGGCACGGGGAAGGCUGCACGGCCGUCAGGCGACUGAUCCCCCAGUUCGAAGACGUCGAUGAGCUGAAGAAGACCGAGUUUGGGAGACGGCUCAUCGAAGAAUCGCUGGACGAGGAAGCCGCAGAGGCAUCCGCAGCCGGCGUAAUACGGUCGGUACACCCGUCGGCCAAGAUUGUUCCCGCCCAAGGUUCCUUCGCCAAGGCACUCGGGGAGCUGAAGGCAAGGCUCGAUGUUGAACCCUCGUCCAGGAUCGGAAGAGACGGCAGCGGUCAGUCCUCUUCAGAUAGUGAUGACAGCGAUCGAUCGCCAGAGGGCUUAUUGCGGAUUAGAAAACGAGCCCGAUUACAGAGAGAAGCCGACUUCGAUGCUCCCUCGUUUGACCUAGGCAUAGACUGAUCGUCCGUGAUGGAAGAAAUCAGAAUUGGCUUGCCAGGCGGGUUGUCAGCCAUUUGAACAUGUUGAUCACACGUCGACGAAGUUGAUCAUUGUCGUUGCUGCUUACUGGCUUUGAGUAAGGAUGCAUAGCAUCUCGCUAACGAAAGAUACAAAUUGAUUGAUACACUGGGCCGAGUCGGCUUCAGUAGAUAGACAGGGAUUCAGGCACCUUUCGUACUGUUCCGCAUGCUCAGCCGC